ACAUAGCAGACCAGUAAGGCCUUACCCUCCUGAUGUCCCACCCUGUACAAAUAAUGGAUAACUAUUUUAAAAGGCUCAUACAAAAAAAAAGGUCCAAAUAAAAGCAUAAGUUGAUAUAAUCAGUCUAAUCCAAUCCUGUCAUGGUGAUAAGGUGGUGGCGAGGUCCGGGAACAGAGGUGAGCGGGGAGCUGAUACAGAGAAGGAGAUAAGGAGGAACUCAACUUGUACAUUGAGGUCCUGAUUACCUGAGUCAAUAAAACCCGCUGUGUGAGCAGCUCAUGUGCAAUGUGACUUCACAACCACAUCCUGCCUGGAACCUGGACCAACAAUCCGUCACCUCAAACUGCUUCUGGCUUUUUUAAGUCUGCCGAGCAUAAAAAGUUCACAGCCAGCCUCUUCCCCUGCCACCGCUCCACACCUCAUCACAAUGCCUCAUCGCAACUGUUCUGUUGAGAUUAACAACAACUCUGGUUGCUACACACUGGCCAACCCAAGGGUGUUCACUGAGAGCGGAUGCUGUGAGAUCCCUCUGCCACCCAUGGUGGGUCCCUACUCUGCUGCCACUGCACUGUUCAACAAAACCACCGGUGCUGCGACCGGUGCCGUCAGUGUCUUCACCUAUGACCUUUUCAAUGCCGACCUGAACGACUACAGCCACAACAUGGCUGUCAUGUUCUCUGUGCCCUACGACCGAAACCUCUACUCCAACUGGUUUGCUGUUGGGAUCUUUGACAGAGGAAACAACUGUGACUACGAUUUGUAUGAUAUUAUGUAUAAUGGAAGUGAAAACAAUUUUGUAAGAUCAAAAGCUGAUGGCUCCAGCAUUUCGUACGAGGGUGAUUAUGUUAUUGUCAGUGCCUCCAUGUCAGACUCAGGUGAAGCAGUCCUGAGGGUGGAUAUCAAUGAUACUGGCAUGUAUUAAGUCAAAAGAAACAAGAUCCAACUGUUGUUAUGCAAGCCAUAUGAGCUGAUCACAGUAAGUUUAAUUAAAUAUUUUAGGAAGCUUAAUCAACUGACAAAGUUGGUGACUAGUGUGGGGAUACCCAAUGUAAAGUGCCAAAAGCUUAU